UGACAGAGAGAAAUUUUUCUCUCUUUCUCACAAUACUAGAACCAGAGUGCUGGACUAGAGGGACUCUGGUCUGAUCCAGCAGGCUCUUUCUUAUGUUCCAUCCCUACAGUUGAUCUCUAGUAUUCUCACCACCCAUAAUCCCUACAGACUUCACAUCCCACACUUCCUUCAAGGAGCACUGAGUAGCAACUAUAGUCUACCAUUCCUUGUUUCAGCCCCAUUGCGCUCCUGUGAGGUGAGCUAGGCUCAGAGUGUGCCAUUGGUCACCAGCAAGCUUACUUGGCAGAGGUAGGGAUUUUAACAAGACUCUAGUGCAAUGGUCCACCCACCCCUCUGUGGGUCAAGUUGCAGCUGACUUAUGGUGAACCUGUAGGGCUUUCAAGGCAAGAGGCAAACACAGAGGUUAUUCGUUGCCUGCCUCUGCAUAGUGCUCCUGGAAUUUUUGGGACGUCUCCCACCCAUAUACCAAGCAGGGCUGACCCUGCUGAGCUUCCAGGACCUGAUCAGGACAGGCUAGUCUGGGCCACUUCACUGCAGAGGGUCCUAAUCGUCUGCACUUUGUUCUUACCCAUAUUGUUGCUGGUUACCUUCCCUACCUGAAAGUGAUCUGUGGUCAGGCCUCAUUUGGCGUGCCACACAUCCUGCUCCUCCCUGGUCAUCAAAACACCAGAUGAUAAGUUAAUGACGGGUGCUGGAUUGCUGACUGACAGUUCCACAGCAUCAGCCAAUCAUGUGCUCCAAAGGGCAUUGCCUGUUCCUGACAGACACAUUCUCCAGCCCAGGCACUACCCUCUUUUAUGGACAAGACUUUGCCCGGGCUCAGCUCCUGCUGAUCCAUGCUGGUUUCCUCCGUGCUUCAGGCGCUGGAAGAAAAUGCUGGAAAAAUAUUUCUCAAGCUUUUCAUAUCUCCAAAAGACUUCAGGAGCUGAGAUGGGAUCCUAUCAGCGGGCCAUAGUCCUCAUCCAUUUCCUCCUGCUUGCUCUGGCGGAAGGCACCACCAGGGUCUACUAUCUGGGAAUACAUGAGGUGGAAUGGAAUUAUGCUCCAUUACAGAAGAACAAAGUCACAGGACAGAGCAUUGCAAAUGACACGGCAGCCUCUAAAUUCCUCCAGCCUGCCAAGAACAGAAUCGGCAGCAUUUACAAGAAAACUGUCUAUAAGCAGUAUUCUGAUUCCACGUACAUGACGAAAGUCCCCCAGCCUGCGUGGCUGGGAUUCCUUGGGCCCGUCAUACAAGCGGAAGUGGGUGACACUAUCAUGGUCCACCUGAAAAAUUUUGCCACUCGGCCAUUCACUGUCCAUCCUCAUGGUGUCUUCUAUGAGAAGGACUCCGAAGGGUCCCAGUAUCCAGAUAUGUCCUCACAGGAUCUCAAGAAGGAUGAUGCCAUCCUGCCUGGAGGGAACCACACCUAUACCUGGACUGUUCCUGAGGAUCACAGCCCAACUGCUGACGAUCCAACAUGUUUGACUUGGAUCUAUCAUUCUCACAUCGAUGCACCAAAAGAUAUUGCUACUGGCUUAAUUGGGCCAUUGCUCAUAUGUAAAGAAGGAACUCUGGAAAGUGUUUCUCAAAGGCGCCGUGAUGUGGAUCUCAGUUUCUUCCUGAUGUUCAGCGUGACUGAUGAGAAUGAAAGCUGGCACCUGAGAGAAAACAUUGCAACUUUCUGUGGCGAUCCGGAAUCCGUAGAUGAGGAACAUGAAGAGUUCAAGGAGAGCAACCGGAUGCAUGCCAUUAAUGGUUAUGUGUUUGGUAACCUACCUGAAAUGACCAUGUGCGUUGGGGAUCGUGUAUCCUGGCAUCUCUUUGGGAUGGGCAAUGAGAUUGAUGUCCACACCGCCUUCUUCCAUGGACAGACCCUGACUGUCCGAGGCCACAGGACUGACGUGGUCAGCCUCUUUCCAGCCACAUUUAUCACGGCUCAAAUGAUCCCUCAGAACACUGGGAAAUGGCUGCUUAGCUGUGAAGUUCAUGACCAUCUGCUAGCAGGGAUGGAGGCUUUCUAUGAGGUCAGAAAUUGUUCCACUCAAGACCCUGAACCUGCCCUGAGGGGGAAACUACGGAAAUAUUACAUCGCAGCAAAGGAAGUUCAAUGGAAUUAUGGACCCUCCGGAUUAGACCAGAGCACUGGGGAAACCCUGCAGGAGCCAGACAGCUUCUCAGAACUGUUCUUUAAGAAGAGUUCCAUUCGGAUUGGGGGAACAUAUUGGAAGGUCAGAUACGUGGAAUACACGGAUAGGACUUUUCGGGUAGAAAAAGAACGACCAGAAGAAGCGAAACACCUUGGCAUACUUGGACCGGUCAUCAAAGCUGAAGUGGGGGAUUCCAUCCAGGUCACCUUUGCAAACAAAGCCUCCUGGCCUUUCAGUAUUCAGCCCCACGGUGUAUUUUAUGGAAAGGAGUGGGAGGGAACCCCCUAUCAAGACGAAGCAGCAUGAUGUCUGAUUGCUUUCCAAAAGGCUUCUCCCGGAAUGGAGCGUCUGUGAAACCUCUGGGGAACUUUGUGUAUCACUGGACAGUCCCAUGGCACGU